GUGCUUCUGAGUUCUGACAGAGGAGCAUCACCUCUCAGGUGGGGCCAGGUCCUGGUGGGGGGGUUGCCACGGUGACAAGGACCCGCCCUCCUUUGUGACAUCUCUUGCUUCUCCUUUAAAAGCCACUGACUUGCGGGCGGCCAUUGUGGGUUAGUGAGGAGAGGUCAGAGGAGAGAGGUGGUGUCAGUGUUUGAUGGAGAGUAAGCGGAGGAUUAGUGCUUUGUUCUUUUCUCGUUUUCUUUUUUUGAUUUUGAUUUCAUUUAUUACUUUUAUUUUAUUUAUUUAUUUGAUUUGAUUUAUUUUGAUUUUCUUUUAUUCUUUUCUUUUAACACUUUUAUUUCUUUUAUUUUUGUUCUUUAUUUUAAUAUUUUUGUUUUUUGUGCACAUCUGUGCAUAUUCCAUAUAUAUUUUGUAUAUUUUAAUUUUUUUACAUAGAGUAGUUAGGGUUAAGUGUAGGAUUAGGGCGGGGGUUAGGUAUAGACUUAGGGCAGGGGUUGGGGUCAGAUUGAGGCUUGGGUGGGCAUUUUAGAUAGUUAGUUACUUUAGAUAGGAGGGUGGGAUCUUUUCGUUGACAACAUGGGCAGGCUGUAAGUAGCAUCCCUUUCUCUUCAUCUCCCGGGGGGGGGGGAGGGUGUCACAAACUGGGAGGUUUUUCUGGGGGACACCUGAGUAUCAGGUUUGUCCCUGUCCCUCCCUUGACCUCCACGUUACACCUAUUAAGUAAAACAAAGGAAAAUAUAUACAUGUUCCUGUUUCCCAGCCAAGUUGAGUCCCCGCUCUUGUCCUGGCCAAGUCCCCAAUCUAUGUAGGUUGAAUAAUAAUAAUAAUAAUAAUAAUAAUAAUAAUAAUAAUUUAUUAUUUAUACCCCGCCCAUCUGGCUGAGUUUCCCCAGCCACUCUGGGCGGCUUCUAAUCAAGUGUUAAAAACAAUACAGCAUUAAAUAUUAAAAACUUCCCUUCAGAUGUCUUUUAAAAAGACAGCCUUCAGAUGUCUUUUAAAAAGAAGAUAGCUGCUUAUUUCCUUCACAUCUGAAGGGAGGGCGUUCCACAGGGCGGGUGCCACUACCAAGAAGGCCCUCUGCCUGGUUCCCUGUAACCUCACUUCUCACAAUGAGGGAACUGCCAGAAGGCCCUUGGCGCUGGACCUCAGUGUCUGGGCAGAACAAUGGGGGUGGAGACGCUCCUUCAGGUAUACAGGACCGAGGCCGUUUAGGGCUUGAAAGGUCAGCACCAACACCUUGAAUUGUGCUCGGAAACGUACUGGGAGCCAAUGCAGAUAUCUCAGGACCGGUGUUAUGUGGUCCCGGCAGCCACUCCCAGAUCCACUUGUGUCCUUGAGAUGGCUACCUGUCUGGCACUCAGAGACCAGGAGGGCAGUGAUUAUCACCCAGGCAGAAGGGUUGCUGUGUACGUGGUCUCAUGCUUCAGGGAUGAUGGCUGCCCCUAGCCAUGUCCCAAGUGGCUCCUCUGGUGGCCCUCUUCCUUCUGAGCAGAACAGCAUUGGAACAGUGUCAAUCCAGUGUUGGAUUGCUUUUAUAUGAAUAUUUGGAGGUUUUCCCGCUGCAAGAGUAGGCGAGUGCUACGACCAGAUAUCUUCUUCUUCUUCUUCUUCUUCUUCUUCUUCUUCUUCUAUCACUUGUAGCCGAGUAAGAUUGACUUCCAUGAAGAGUGAGUUUUAACCGUAAGUGACUGGAGGCUAAUUCUGGAUCCACGUGUCCUUCCACAGUGGGGACAUAGUUUUCUGGGCAGGAGUUGAUCACAGGGUUUGCCAAGCGUGCCUUCCUCUUAGCUCGUUUCUCCCUUGCGUCCUGUGUUCAAGUGUCUUCAAAGCCCAUGACACCUUUGGUCAAGGCUGUUCUCCUAUUGGAGCGCUUGCAGGCCAGUGUUUCCCAGCCAUUGGUGUUUAUACAACGUGUUUUUAGAUUGGCCUUGAGAGAGUCUUUAAACCUCUUUUGUUGACCACCAGCAUUACACCUUCCAUUUUUAAGUUUGGAAUAGAGUAGUUGCUUUGGAAGACGAUAAUCAGGCAUCCGAACCACAUGACCAGUCCAACGAAAUUGGUGUUGAAGAAUCAUUGCUUCAACACUGGUGAUCUUUGCCUCUUCCAGGACACUGGUAUUAGUUUGCCUGCCUUCCCAAGUGGUGUGUCACAUUUUUCAGAGACACCAUUGAUGGAAUCUUUCAAGGAGUUGGAGAUGGCGUUUAUAAGUGGUCCAUGUUUCACAAGUGUACAGCUGGGUUGGUAGUUCAAGAGCCUAGACAAACCUAAAAGACUAGUUUCAAUGGACCAAGAAUGGUUUUCAUGGCUGGUUCUGACUUUCCCCUUUUCCCAGUGGGAAAUCCUACUUGUAGAGCAGAGGCCACGGCUGGUCGGCAGCUGCAGUGCCUGUGUGCUUUGUUCUGUUGUUGUUGUUUAGUUGUUUUGUCAUGUCCGACUCUUCGUGACCCCCUGGACCAGAGCACACCAGGCACUCCUGUCUUCCACUGCCUCCCGCAGUUUGGUCAAACUCAUGUUGGUAGCAUCGAGAACACUGUCCCACCAUCUCGUCCUCUGUCGUCCCCUUCUCCUUGUGCCCUCAGUGCUUUGUGCUGGAGGGCACUGUUUCGUGGCACUCACUGGUUGCUCUUGGACAGUUCUUUGGAUAGUCUGAGCGGAUUGGUUGAGUGAAAGGCUCAGCCUCCCUUAGGGCAAAUGUUCUACCCUUAUUUAUGGGAGCCUUUGGAAUAGAAAAAGGAAAGGACUGUGUCAGGACGUGUUUUGUGGGGACAUUUGCAGAAGUGAAGGUGUUGAUUUGGGGUGCAGUUGGAGGGGGGUAUGGUGCCUGCUGGAGGGGGAAAAACCCCACCCCCCUUGCCAAAAAUUCCAGUAAUAAUGUUAAGAAUGACCCAAAGCUCUCCCCUCUCCCUAUUCAUUUCAUUUGCUUCAUGAAAUUUAUACACUGCUCGACUGCAUGCAGUGGCGUAGCGUGGGGGGUGCAGGGGGGGCCGGCUGCACCGGGCGCAACAUCUGGGGGUUAGGGUUAGGGGGCGCAAAUCCACGGGUUAGGGGGCGCAAAUCCACGGGUUGGGGGCGCAAAUCCACGGGUUAGGGGGCGCAAAUUACUUGCCUUGCCCCGGGUGCUGACAACCCACGCUACGCCACUGACUGCAUGAAUGAGGGGACCGUAGCUCUUGAACCCAGAGCACUUGGGACCUCCUUUCUCUCUCUGCCAGCCCUUCAUGCUCUGGGCUGCCUCUUUCAGGCUCUGAUGAUGCCCCUUCAGGUCACUGAACUGCAGAGAGAUGGAAGGAAUUGGUCAUGAUGGGCCGGCAAGGAUCAAUUAGGCUCCACAUACGUAUUUCUGUUCUGCCAAUUCGGCAGUGGUUCACUGUUUUCUCCAGAUGCCCCUCCUCACACACAAACACCCCCCAAGAAUUGGGGCUGCCUGCAUCUGAGACACUCUUUCCGCUCAUCUCUUCUAGGAUCAGGUGCUUAAGGCGUGCUGCCACAGGGUGGCCCCCCAGCCAGACACAGAGCAGCCCCUGGCGCCAGGUGAGCCAGUGGCCCUCCUUUUUUGGACAGAGGAGGGCAGGGAUGGGCAUGGGGGGCAACUAGUCCAAGGAUGCAAAAGAGGACUCACCUCUUCCCAUGUCCUUCUGUUUGCAGUUCUGCUGCAGUUCCGCAUCCCAGCCCCAGGGGGUGAGUAUUGGAGAAAACAAGAGCAGGGACUGAAUCCCUCAGACCUGCCCCCCGCUACCCCCUUGGGCUCUUUGCCCCCCCCUGCACUCUCAGAUGCGGAGAAGCCCUCCCCUCACGAGGAACUGACAGCCUGACUUUUGCAUUUCAGCUGCUGGAGGAUGAACAGCUCUGCCUCCUGGGGGCCAUCAAGAGCUGCCAGGCAGCUGAGCUCAGGGGGCCCCGAUCCCUGAAGUGCUCCAAGCAGGAGACGGCCCAAGCCAUUCUGGUGAGUGGUGGGGGGUGUGGGGGAAGGGGCUGUGCAUCUGCGGAGAGGAGGACCCUGCCGGCUUAGGCCAUGGGGUUGCCAUUCCCCUGCAAAGCCAAGCCUGGUGUUUGGGGUCGGAGCUGAUUUUCCUCCUCUGUUCUCUUCCAGGACAUCUUGGGGCACUUCAGAGAUCGCCCCCUGACCCUGGCCCUUGCCUUGGAGGCCCUCCUCCAGCUAAGGUGAGUGGGGUCUGUGGACGGGGUUGUGGGUGGGGGGCAGAACUCCAGGGGGAAAGAGCAGGCGGGAGGGAGAAGGGGCAAGGGAGACUCUAACCCCCUCCCUUUCAUCUCUGCAGCAGGAUGAGGCCCAAAUUCAGCUGCGAUAUGAUCAGUGCGAUCCUGCACAGGACCUUGGAGGCCGUGCUGAAAGGGACCGCCAAGGAGGAGGAGGAGGAGGAGGAGGAGAGAGAAGUAUGUCCUUGGUUUUGACUUCCCUUCACAGGCUCUUUCUUCUUCUUCGUCACACUUGCAGAAUCCAACCCAGCAUUCACACUCUCUUCUCUCUUUUCCCGCAGGAACUGAAGAGGCACUUCCGGCUCCUGCUGGGGAGUCUCCUUAUGGAAGCCCCCAACCCUGGCACCCUCCUCCACCUUCUCAGCGUAAGUGUCCCGAUGGCAUCAGGGGUGGUUUUAGGGUGGUCCCCCCCCAUCCCUUACCCAACGGACUGCCCCAUUUCUGGGGCACAGAGCCUCUUUGGCCCCCAAUUUGGUCCAAGACCAAAGCUGGCAAACCCUCAGGGUCCAGAAGUGCCAGGGACUCCGUGGUGGGGGCAGUGGGGGCCGCUUUGGCCCAGACUGGCCCCUGACUCUGAGACGCUCUUUCCUCCUUCUGGACCUCCGAGGAUACGCCCUGGGGGAAAGUGGGGAGGCUCAAGAAGAAGCAGCAGCAAGCAAGAAUUUCCUUGCUGCUGGCCGUUGCCCGGAAAUUCCCCAACCUCAGAGUAAGUACCUUGCCUUCUGCUAUUCAUUUCUUUGGUUACUUCCAUCCCCCCCAAGAUCACAUCCCCAAGUGAUCUUUAGCGCAGAUGAUGCGGGGUGUGUCCCUGGGGGCCAGGAUGAGGCCAGAGGCUUUUCCUGCCCCCUUUCCUGCUGCUGCCCUUCCACCUCUGCCCAGGAGGCUGCAGGGCCCAGGGAGGUCCUCUGGAACAAGGGACUGGGCCCAAGACAGAGGAAGACCCGUCCUUCCUGACUUGGCGCUGCUUCUGUGCUCUCUUGCUCCCAUCUGACCCCAAUUUCUCUUUCCUCUGCAGAUGACAGUAGUUCGGCCGGAUCUGGCUUGCUUCUGCCUGAAGCCGAAAGAAGGUAAGCCCCACACCUUGGAGACAGCGACCUUUGACUAAAGGCCCGUGGGAAAAUCUCAUUUUCAUUCUCUUCUCAUUCUCAUUCUCUUCCAUCCAGAUGACAUCAUCAUUGAGGAUUUAUAGGUAGUGCGGACCUCGGGCUCCGCUGAACGCCAGAGAGAGGCCAACAUCCAAAUGCACUCAGCAGGUAAGACUUUCUCCAAAGCCCACCUGUAGUUAGAGAUGCCCUGUUUCACCUGUGAGAGAAGCAGGUACUGCUGGCGUCCUGCUUACCUUUUUUCUCUUGCAGGUGACAGAAUGAUGCCGGCAAGACCUCCUUAUCCAUCUUUUCAUGGGGGCAGAAGGGAAGCAGUGGCUGUGGGACCAGAUCAGGUAGGGGGAAGCAGCCUUGUGGGGACAGAGGCCAAGGGGUGGAACGAUGUCAUGGACAGGUUGGGCACAGAGGAAUGGUGGGAGGAAGCAGGAACCAGGAAGGGAAGACGUUUCAGAGCCCAGGGAGUGGAGGGGGGACAAGGAGAAGCAGUCAGAGGGAGAAGAGGCCGGGGAACCAGGGGAGGGGAGCCAAUGGGUCUCAAACCUUCGGUGAGUGAGGGACUUUCCCCUGCGUCAGAAGACAGGCUCCGGCAGAUGGAGCAGACGAGAUCCAGAGGAAGCUGUUUGUGCACGUGCUGUAGAGGGAAGCGAGGGGCUGAUGGGGCUCAUCCCCCCGUAAGGGAGCCCAUCGAGGAGAACUCUGUUUCUAAACCUCCGCUGCCUCGUGGCAUGGUUUCAGGAGACGAAAAGGCUUGAGAGUAAACCCUACACAGAUGCAGAGUCCCUAAGAUGGUUGGGUGGCAUUUUGUAGGCCUCCUUCUGGCAACUCCUACAGCGAAGCUGGGGCCUUGUGCCUUGCUCUUCUUUCCUCUGGACCACCUCAGGGGGGCGGAUCUGGGCACAGGAUUGACCCCUCUGUUUUGGCAAAAGACAGGGCAGGGCAGGGGACACAGAGAGAGAGAUCUGAAAAUUGUUAACAUUAUUUUGCCUCAAAAGAUCUCACGGAAUUUUGGGUUUUUCCGUUCCUUAGGAUAUAUGAUCUACUCCCUGUGUAACUCCACGAGUCAAGAAGAAAAACAACUGGAAGAGAAUGGAAUAAAAAUAAAUAUUUUUUAAUGGAUUUUGAAUAAAUGUUCAAUAAAUUGUUACUGUUUUGAAUUUCAUUGUGUUAAUGUCCCGUUGGACACUUUUGUUUUGCAGCCUGAAAUAGCAUUAGCACUUUUUGCUGCUGCUGCAUCACUCUCCGGUUGAUCAUGUUAAGCUUGUGGUCCAUUAAGAUCCCUAGAUCCUUUUCCCUACCAGCAAACCAGUGUCCCUCAUCUUAUAUUGGUGCAGCUGGUUCUUCCUGCCAAAGUGCAGAACCUUAGAUUGGCUACAGGUCCUCUUUGCUCGCCUUCAGGGUGUGACCAUGUCGCAGUCAGUGCUGUGGUAGCUCCGUGUGGCCUUCGCACAGUUCAGUGCAAUCGCCUGGUGACAAUCCAGUCCAGCUGGAGCCAGGGAUCUGAGACCUAAGAUGUCUCCAGGACACCAGACCUAAGAUGUCUCCAGGAAAUUCCUAUAGACAUGUGAGCUCAGCUACUCAGCAGCCCCUCUGCCCGAGUGAUAAUUUCUGGCAUCCUGAUA